AGAAAACGCAGAACAGUCAAAAAAUAUAUCAUACUGACGUCAGCAUGUCAUCCACUUAGAAAUCAAUCAAAGACGAAUUUGAUUAUAAUACUAUUCUACUGUCUUUUGCUGGUCUUUUGCAGACAAAAUAAAUUUCAUCAGCACAAACGUAAAACCUGGUGCUUAUUUCAUCUGACUAGUCAGAAUGUCUAUCUUAUACGUAAAAGCCUAUCAUGGUCUUUGCUCCAGCAAUAAUUCUUUCUGCCACAAACCACAGUUCCUUCAUGGAUUGAGAGAUCGAGCUCAGAAAAUCGGUAUUCGAAUAGAUCUCGUACCAGUCCCUUUUGUCGACUACUGUAUGCUCGAAAUGUGUGGACAUGAAAUUUUCCGCUGUAAGCUACAGAAUUUGAAGUUCAACACUCAAUUCACUCGGGACGAGGUGUGCGAUAGGGCCAUCUACGCCAUCCUAUCGGCCUCCUUGAAAUUCCGGCGAGCGCGGGCUUGUCUAUGGUUCUGGACGGCGCUUGACCACCAGCUGUUUAGAAGAAGCAAGUAUGCGCCACAAGACUACUGGCCUAUUGACGUAGACUUUACAAUAAAAGAAAAAUGUGUUGAUUGUUCAAUUUGCUGCAAAGUGCCGCUAGAGAGUACGCCAGAUAAUACUAUGACGGAAAAAGAUAAAGUGGAAGAUCGCAUUUCUUUAAAGUCGGAGUCUUAUUCGCUAGACGAAGAUUUUAUAUAAUCGAAUAUUAUCUCCUCUACGGGUUGAUAGUAAAUUCAACUUUGAAUUAACUCUAUAGUUGUACUAGUGGAACUGACUUUCUUCUAUUUUGCAUUAUUAAUUUAUUGAGCUUGUUCCUAAAAUGUACUAGGUAGGUACUUAUAGGUACAGUUCGAAGACGAUAAUUUUAAUUUAUUUUUAAGAAUGAUUAAUUGAAUAUUCUGCUAUUUAUUGUCGUUAUUGUGAAGAAUAUUAUUUUAAGAUCUAUUAGAAUUCUAAUAUAAAUUUAAUUAUAUUUUAUUCUAUGUUUCAAA